GCGGAAUCUCGGAUCAGUCCGAUUCUGCCGCGCGACGUCAAGCUCAAGCUCCAUCCACAGCUUGCCUCAUCUGCCUGACACGCUGGACAUACCUGACCAUCCAGCCAAUUCAACCCCAAAAACCCCACGCACGAUAGCUCGCGACAGCCAUCGUCGUUCAAGCAUAGGGCUGUCAGCUUCACUGUAGUGCGAGCGGCCCUGAGCCAUUUCUACAUCCUAAGACAACUAAGGCGCUCACCAGCCUUCCAAAUUUUCGCUUGAACCGUUCUCAAUGUUACUCAGCCCUUAGAGAAUCGCGCCACCACCCACCCGCCAUAACGUUACUCCUCCACCGAGAACGCACAACCGCCAUGUCACGGCUACUAAGACUUGUCCCGAGGCAGCUGGCCGCCGGACAGUCUGUUCCUAUACUGCUACGAGCAUCACCACGACUGCCGAGCUUACACGCCGUCCGGCUGCCCCGGACAUACCGUGUCGGUGCCGUCGGCUCGCUGAGGUCGUUCAGUCACAACUCGCGGCUCCUGUCAUCUCAGAACCCAUCCGAGCCACCAGAGAAGAAGGAUGGCAGCGAAAAGAGCAGUCAAACUCCCCAGUCUCCUCCAUCCGAUGCAGCAAGGUCGGCCGAAGCAACAGAGCUACCUUUGCUAGAAGGACAUGUGCGGAUCACGAAGGAGGAGGCCGACUCACUGCGCGACCUGGCCUCUGAUAUGGACGAAGCGGGAAGACAAAAUUUCCACAAAUGGGUCGGCAUAUGGGAGCAGCGCGGCGCACCCGAGGUUGCCAAGGAUUUCGCACAGAAGCACCUGGGUCCCGGGCUAGGCUUUAUGGAUGGUAUAUAUCUGGUUGAUGUGCUCCGUGAGCACAGCAAGCCACCGCCGGAGGAUCUUUUUGUUCCCCAAGCCAACGAAACGAACGACAAGAGCGCCCCGACUACUGAGAAAUCUCACCAGAGCCAGACCCAGGAGAGGCCCGAAAGCCAGGACUCACAGGCGUCGAGCUCUCCCGAGGACCUGGUGAAGGGUUGGGUACAGAUCAGCGAUGAAGAAAAACAGGCAUUCUUGGCCAUUGUCGAAAUGCUCCCCAAGAACCAACAAGCAAACAUGAAGGCCUUUGCAGAAUGCGCUCAGAAGCAUGGUGUCCCCCCGGCAAUGAAGGAGCUGAUCCAGAAGCACAUGAAAGAUGGCAUCAACUUUAUGGAUCUUACAAUGUUGGGAAGGGCCUACCUGGAAGUUUCUCGCCUGCCGGAAAGCGAGAAGGCGAAGCUUGACAAGACUGUGCAAAACGCAUACAACUUAUUUUCUUCAAACCCGCCGCCAGGAAGCCAACAAGCUCCCAGUUCUGGCGAUGGCAAAGAGAAGAAGGGGAGAGGAAGUCCGCCGCCGCAGCCUGACUGGAAGUCUUCGGCAGUGAUUCUUUCCUUCAUCGCGCUAUGGAUGCUCACUAGUGACUCUCAAGGUGGCAAGGAGAUCACAUGGCAGGAAUUCCGCAGCCAGUACCUCGAUAAGGGCUUGGUGCAGAAGCUCACUGUUUCGGGAGACACGGUCAGGGUUGACCUCAACCCUGACGCGACCCGGGCUGCAAGCGGCGAGAUGCUGACGCCCCGCGUCUACUUCUCCAUCGGCUCCAGGGACUCGUUCGAGCGCAAGAUCGAAGAAGCACAGGCAGAGCUUGGUAUCCCAUCCUCUGAGCAGAUUCCAAUCAGCUACGAGAGGCCAUCCAUGAUCGGAAGCCUUAUUAUGAGCUUUGCGCCAACACUGUUAUUGGUCGGCCUUUUGGCGUGGAUCUCUAGGCGUGGUGUCGGCGGCGGUGGCGGCAACCCGUUCAAGUUUGGAAAGAGCUUGGCUAAACCCUACACCCACGAGUCUGCUGUCAAGGUCAAGUUUGCCGACGUAGCCGGUGCUGACGAGGCCAAGCUUGAAAUUGUCGAAUUUGUGAGCUUCCUGAAGACACCGGAGAAGUUCGUUCGGUUGGGCGCCAAGAUUCCACGUGGUGCCAUUCUGUCCGGUCCUCCAGGAACGGGUAAGACGCUUUUGGCCAAGGCUACGGCCGGUGAGUCGGGCGUGCCCUUCUUCAGCGUCAGUGGUUCAGAGUUCGUCGAAAUGUUUGUCGGUGUCGGUGCGUCUCGUGUGCGAGACCUGUUCAAGGAGGCGCGCAAACACGCUCCUUGCAUCAUCUUCAUCGACGAAAUCGAUGCUAUCGGCAAGGCCCGUGACUCGGGUGCCCGCUUUGGCGGCAACGACGAGCGCGAGGCCACACUGAACCAGAUUUUGACCGAGAUGGACGGUUUCAACAGCAAUGAACAGGUUGUCGUGCUCGCUGGUACCAACAGGCCGGAAAUUCUGGACAAGGCCCUGAUGCGACCCGGUCGAUUCGAUAGGCACAUCCACAUAGACCGGCCCACCAUGAAGGGUCGUGCCGACAUCUUCAAGGUGCACCUUGCUAGGAUUCUUACAAAGGAGGACUUUGAAUACCUUUGCGGCCGUCUUUCCGCUCUGACUCCGGGCUUCGCUGGUGCCGACAUUGCCAACGUCGUCAACGAAGCUGCACUAGUCGCUGCCAGAGACAACGCAGACAGUGUUACAAUGGUCCACUUCGAGCGCGCCAUCGAGCGUGUUAUCGGCGGCCUGGAGCGUAAAUCCCUGGUCCUUGGCCCUGAGGAGAAGCGCACGGUGGCAUACCACGAGGCCGGCCACGCCGUCUGUGGGUGGUACUUCCAAUGGGCGGACCCUCUCCUCAAGGUUUCCAUUAUCCCCAGAGGCUCAGGUGCUCUGGGUUACGCGCAGUACCUGCCGUCGGGUGACGCAUAUCUGAUGACUGUCAACCAGCUCAUGGACCGUAUGGCCAUGACUCUCGGUGGACGCGUCUCGGAGGAGCUGCACUUCCCGACUGUGACAACUGGUGCUUCAGACGACUUCAAGAAGGUCACACAGAUGGCGACCACCAUGGUGACGCAGUGGGGUAUGUCGGAGAAGCUCGGACCGCUGCACUUCAACCAGGACCCGAACCAGGUUCAGAAGCCGUUUGCCGAGUCGACAGCUCAGACGAUCGACGCCGAGGUGCGACGUAUCGUGGACGAGGCCUACAAGAAGUGCCGCGACCUGCUGACGGAGAAGAAGGCCGAGGUCGGUAUCAUUGCUGAGGAGCUGCUCCGACGUGAGCAGCUGACCCGUGACGACAUUGUAAGGUUGCUUGGCCCCAGGGAGUGGCCUGACAAGGAGGAGUUCUCAAAGUACUUUGACGGCACAAACGGCGGCAAGUCGCCAUUACCCACGGGCGAGAACCUUAGGGACCCGCCGGCACCCCCGUCGCCUCCGGCGCCCGAGGGUGGUGAAGGACCGGUGCAGCCUGCUGCGUUCAGGGCGAUCGAGGAUAGGAGGUAACGUCUCUCGGCGGCCAUAAUAUGCGUUAUUGGUCGGGCUGCUUUGCGCAGGCUAGGGGUUUUUGAUUCACCCCUCCCGCUCGACACCUUUCUACUCCUGAUGUAUCUUCUCUGGUGUGGCGAAAUGUAACAAUAUGUGUUUUGGUGUUUUUGACAUGUAUUUUUUUCUUUGAGCGAAAACUCACGCAUUUAGACUUGGGGCCGCCCCUUUAUUUUUUUUCCCAUCAUGUCUCUUCACGGAGAAUAUCAUCUCUGCACCAAAAAAGUGGAGGGCAUUCUUUUUGCUUGAAGGCCAAAUAUCUACUUGUUUAUUAGACAUGUGAGCGGCCGAGGUAGAGAAAAGGGGGAGAGUUUUCAAGUCGGCGGUUGUGACACAGCGGGACUUUUUUGUUGCAAGAUACCUCACCGCUCCUUUCAGCCGAUUCAUUGGAUUGGUAUAUAGCUCUGUACGAUACAAGCUAAAAGGGAGAAAGAUUUGGAAAAAAAAAAGAGAAUAGUUUAUUUUGUCCAUCUUUGCUGAAAAGUAGACUGAACCCAGGACUCUAGAACAUGUGUUUGAUCUUUGGACGAAUGCGAUUCGGUGAAGUAUUCCAAUGUUGUAUAUCUUUCGGGCAUCGUCAUA